GGUGCCGCGCGCUAUGGCCAGUGACGUGUGCUGUUUGGCUGAAGCCCGGCGCGUGGCGAUUUUCGGCGGCACGCACGGGAACGAGAUGUCCGGCGUCACGCUCGUGUCCAUGUGGACCAAAGACGACAGCGAGAUCCGGCGACGCAGAGUGCACACCGAGCCGUUCAUGUCCAACCCGAGAGCCGCGGAGAAGUGCGCCAGGUACAUCGACACGGACCUGAACCGAGCCUUCACAGAGGAGAACCUCAGCAUGCCAGGUGGCGAUGAGCUGCCAUAUGAAGUCCAGCGAGCCAAGGAAAUCAAUCAGAUAUUUGGACCUAAAGGAAGUCCAGAUGCCUACGAUGUCAUCCUCGACCUCCAUAACACUACAUCCAACAUGGGCUCCACGCUUAUCCUGGAGAGCUCGACUGACCACUUCAACCUUCAGAUGGUGCAUUUCAUCAAAAAAGCCAUGGCUCCGGAGAGCUGCAUGGUGCUGCUAAAUGAACAUCCUCAACUCAAGUAUGCAACGACCCGCUCUGUGGCGAAGCACCCUAUCGGGCUUGAAGUGGGUCCCCAGCCUCAGGGAGUUUUGCGAAGCAAUAUCUUCAAGUCCAUGCGGAUGAUAGUGAAACACGCUCUGGACUUCAUCGAGAUGUUUAAUAGCGGCGUGGAGUUUCCAGCAUGCUGUGUGGAAGUGUUCAGGGUGCAUGAGAGAGUGGAUUACCCAAGAGACACAAACGGCAACAUCAGCGCUAUGGUCCAUCCCCACUUACAGGAUUGUGAUUGGGAGCCCCUGAACCCCGGUGACCCGAUGUUCCAAACCUUCGACGGCAGGACCAUCGCGUACGAGGGAACCGGCCCAGUCUACCCGACGUUUAUUAACGAAGCCGCCUACUACGAGAAGCACCAGGCCUUCGUCACCACCUGCAGGGAAACGCUAACUGUUCAUUCCAUUCGGAAAACAAACACCAAAUGACCAUCUGAAUAACCAGCAUCAACUAUAACUUACUUCUGUCCUGAAAACUACAAAAACUUAUAGAAAUCUUUUAUAUUUCUUUAUAAUCUUUCAAACUAAAUCAGGUUAAUGAUCUCUUUACAAAUUUCAGAAAAACACUUAUUUUUCUAUCAGUUUUGACGUUUGUCAUACUUAACCUAUGUUUUUUCUAAUAUGGUGCAGUUUAUAUAUUUAUAAAAUUCAAAAUCAUCACAUGGUAAAUCAAAAACUUUAUACUGUAUUUAUACUCUUAUUCCUAGGCAUUUUUAUACUUUCCCAAUCAGAACAUGUUGUACAAGAUUUAAGGCUUAAAAAAAAAGCCAGGAAAAGAAGCGGAUGUAGAUAGUUCCCAGAUUUUAGUGCAUUUCUCAACAUGCCUUCAUUGACUUCCUCUAAAGACUCUGUGUAAAGAGGAAGACGUGCUUUUAGAUAAAUAUUAAAAUUUUAUUUAAUUUGAGCCUGCAUUAUGUGAUUAGCAAUUUGUUUUACAAUCCGUUACCCUAAUUUUACCAUGGUCAUAAAAAUGGGAAUAAAUACCUUUGGCGUCCAUGGUCCCUGGAUGGACUAUAGAUGUUUCUAGAUGAAUUGGUGGAACCUUAUUUUGCCAAUUACAAAAACGCAGAGAAAUGUUCGUCAUCUUAAAUACUUUUAUCAAAUAGCUUUACUUUUUUUUUAAAAAAAAUCCCCGAUCGUUUGUCCACGUUGUUAAGAUCAAGUAGCGGACGGUCGUUCAUAGUUUAUGGGUUUUUUUACCAAUAGAAAGGAUUGGAAGUGGAAAUCUUUAAAAAACGGACUCUUUUGAAAAUAAGAUUUCGACCUUUACUAAAAGAGUAAAAUGAAAUUGAACAUUAUUAGCAUGCAGUGAGCAUCAGCAUCACAAUAUCUUUAGAAUGAACAAAAUAAAUGAUGACAAUCUUAAUUUUUCUCUUCCCAUAACCUUCAGGAAUAAUCAGCUCGGAUGAUCAGCUUCCCGUUAAACAUUGAACUAAGCAAAUAGUUAAGAGCCUUCCGUUGGAUAAUUACUGCAGUGAUAAAUAUGGUUCAGUUGGAAACAAGUUAUGUAACACUAAUGGAUGUAAUGAGAAGAGAAGUGAGCUUCUUAUUUCCUAACCAACCAUGUCAGAAGACAUACCCUGUGGUCGUGGCAAAGAUGCUACUCUGUUUCAAGGGUCAAAUUAUUGUCCUGCAUUAAGCAAAGAAAACAACUAAGGCGAUUGCUGAAACUACAAAAAUUGGGUUAUGAACUGAAAAACACAUUAUAAUCUGGAAGGAUAGUGUUAAUUAAAAACAACAGUAGAACUCAUGGCUAUGUUUCAUCAGCAUUUCAGCAUGUACACUGUGAAAAGAACUCGAGGGAUUGGGACUAAACAGCUGUGUAGCCUUAAGAAUCAACUUAUCAGGGAGGAUAAAUGGGGAAAAAAGACUUUACUUUGCUAGGGAGCAUAAAGAAUAGAGAUGGACUGUCCUUCUGUCCCAUCAUCUUUAUAUUGAGAGAAAUCGAUGCAACUCUGGAUAUAAAAUAUUUUGUAACAUUGCACAAACUUCUGGAAAUGAUGCCACUGCCGUAAUUAAAGCAAAGGGCGGUCCAAUGCAAUGUAAGAGUGUAACUUUUUUUUGGGUGGGUUUAAUGUUAAAAUUAUUUUGACAUUAUUUAAUUUACACAAUAACAAGGCAAAAAUAAUCAGAUUUCUAAAGUAUAUAAUGUCUCAAGAAUAUAUUUCAAUCCAAAUGUUGGAAAAGUGCAUUUGGACGAGUAAAAUUUCAUAAUAUUUAGGUAAACGUUUAAGAUAUGUAUUAGAAAAAUGCAAUAAGUGAAUCAGCAAAUUGGUGCACGAGAACUGAAACAGAAACUGGCAAUGCAAGCCUGUCUAGACAGUCCUUAUUGUUACUUUUGCAUGUCUGCUUAUUUACACUUCUGCUUCUCUGGUAUUCAAUGCUUCAUUUAUAUUUUUGCCCUGCCGUUUAAACAGAGGUAAAAUUUUGUUGCUUGGCUGGUUUGUUUGGAACCGUGCGCUGGUGUGCUAAAUAGUGUCUCAAAAUAGUGUGCUGCUUAGCACUGGACAAUACUGACAAUCGAGUCAUUUCAUUUUCUGUAAUACUUGAAUAUGUGUGUUGGCUGUUAGCUGUCAGCUUCGCCAUGCGUUCAUGCCCUGGUGCUAAUUUUGUAAGUGCCCCUAAGCCUUGUUAAGUCAGUGAAGGCAUGUACAAUAGGAAUGCAGACUCAGAAGAAGAAUCCAUCCUGAAGCGCUUAUGCAUUUAUUCUGAAUUUAUUGUUUGAUUAUUAUUUGUUGUAUUGUUGCUACAGUAGUGUUUGACUAACUUCUAAUAAGUGGCACGAGUAGGAUUUAUC